AAGUGGAGGUACCAAUCAGAUUGGUGGAAUUGCUACUGUCCCCUGUUAUCAGCAUCGUCAUUCCACUUCUCACUUCUUCAGUGAAUACUUCAGCUUGAUCGACCAAACGUCCACGUGCUCUCAGCUAUCACCACUCUGCAGCUAAUUCUAUCGACCCGAGCGUGUUCGUGAGUACACAGACACAAUGGCCCAAAAAGCGAAAAAGGAUCUCGCCAAGUCCAACGCGGCGGCACUUAGCAACUUGCACAUCGGUUCUCUUAUCGUCAACGCCAUGUUCCUCCUUUCUCACUUCCUCUUCCGUGCUCGUUCUAUCUGGCUUUACGUUCUCCUUUCUGCGCCUGCCCUCAUCUGCGAGUACAUUCUCGAGGCUUCCGGUCGACCGAAGUACGACCCAACUACGCGCGCUCUGCGUACCGCUGGUGAAGAUCUGUCCGCUCCUGGCUUGACCGAGUACAUGUUCGACGUAAUCUGGGUUACCUGGGCUGCAGUAAUCUUUGUCGUUAUCUUCGGAAAUAAAGCUUGGUUUCUGUGGCUUAUUCUUCCGGCAUAUGGCGUGUACCUCGGGAGUGGGCUAUUAGGCAUGGGAAAGCAGAAGAUGGCCGAGUUCCAAGGAGCGGGCGAUGGUUCUGGUGCUGGUGCUGGUGCAGCUCCCCAAGGAAAUCGCAGAGCACGUCGAGCUGCUUAGAUUUCCCAACUCUCAUUGAGGGCAUUAGAUCUCUCCUGGGAUUCUAAGUCUAUUGGCUAUCUAAAGCUUUUGUUUCGGACCUUCUCCAGUCCAGCGCUGAAGGGUAUCAUCGUCCACAUUGCGGACUAGGACAUGAAUAUGUUCUAAGGCGCGUACACUCUGAAGGGCGACCCAAUUCUUGAACCACAGCACUCUGCUCUCUCCGUUUGGACCCAGAGCAUCGAUAAAUGUGUUUUUGAUGAAUGACUGGACCAAAACCCUGCUCUCGGGUGUCAUAUCACCGGUCUCGGAGUCCGUAGGGACGGUUGUGCGCAACCACACAACAAUGUGUCUGAUAUCCGGUUCCAAUCCGUAAGGCCAGUCAUUGGUCAAGAUACGGUAAUCUGAAGGGUCCUCGAAAGGGACAGUAGAUUUUGGUGUGAAUGGCGGGUUUCCCCAUUCCUGAGGCAGGCGGUUUUCAAGAAGAUAGUUCGUCAUGGAGCCAUAUUCUGCUUUGGUCUCUGCAGUCCAAGCCAUGUAUCGACGAAGGUCAGAGGGUUUGCGCUUCAGGACAGAGAGGUUGUUCGUUCCUGUCCGAUGUCAAUGACUGGGCUCGAAACAGAGCAGAAAUGCCGACUAGAUUCUAAAUAGAGCUGCUUACUGAUAAUCUCCUUUAACUCCUCCCAAUCAUGUUUGUGAAACUCCUCAUCAGUCUGAGAGAGGACCCAUCUGUCGACAUCCGUUAGAGGGAAUGGCGCUUCUUCUGGGGGUUUCUCGCCCAUUUCGUAGUAGGUUGUUGAGGAUUUGGAGAGUCUGAAAGAUCUCGUCUGCCAGCUAAGUUGGGGAGGUGGUAUUGAUUUUCGGAUGCGUAUGUUUUUUACUUGUAAGGAAAUGCAGUUCUGAACUUACAGGCUCGAAUGGUCAUCGUGGUGCUCAUGCGGUGAGAAGUUGGCCCCAGUUGGCUUAUGUCAGCGACUACGAAGCAACGAGCCAUCGCCUUCACAUGAAUGAGGAAAUUAUUAUUGAACAAG